AUGCCGGCCCAGCGCAGGCCCCAGCCAAAGGGCACAAGCAUCCAGCAGCCGCAUCAGCCUACAGCAGCCAUGGACCAGCUUUGUGAAAGAUUCUGGGCAAUACUCUGUAGUCGAGGGGCGACACCAUACCAAGCGAUGAAAGCGGUGGGUACGUGGAUCCGCCCAGCCACCAGGCGCCGCUACUAUGGAAUGUUACUGCGGACCCCCAAAACAGCUACCUGGCGGGAUAAUGGCGAUCGACCUACAAAGUGGGCAGCAACUCCUGGGCAUGCGGACACUAAUACCUGCCCACAUACAAGCAGAAACUGGGGCGCUACACUAAACCCACACAAAAGCACCUCACCAGACCCAAGACCUGGAGUUCUCCAAGACAAGCAGCUACCCUCUAAGGAGUUAACCGCCUACCAGCAAGCUGUGAGUAGACACAUGCCACCACCCAUGGCAGGGACUCUGCCCCUACAUCGAAGUGCCACGGAAUAUACCUGCUCAUACGGACAGUGCCCACAACACCAAUGCCUAGAAAACCCCUCCGGGCACGCAGGCAUGGCCUCCAGGAUGGACAUCAAAUGA